CUGUGAUCUGGCAGGGGUGAAGCUAUAGCGUUUGAAAGGAAAAGUAGGAUUGAAGGCAGCAGUGACGUUAUCUGCUGGAAAAGCAGAGGGAGGGAGUGAGAAAGAGACGGACACAGGGACUCACUGGGCUCCAUUAGCUCAAAGCCUGAGGAGACACUUUGGGAUACUUCGGCUGGAAGAGUUCUUUGGAUUUUUCGUCCCGUUUAGGUUGAAUAUAUGGUUUUAAGCAAGAAAAACUUGUUGACUGUUGACGUAUUGGAAGUUUAAGAGGUUAAUCCGGUUCUGGGUUGGUGUAUUUGUGAAGGAUGGCGCUAGACGGUAUACGGAUGCCUGAUGGCUGCUACGCCGAUGGGACGUGGGAGCUGAAGAUGCACGUGACGGACCUGCACAAGGACGUCUCUCUGCGGGUCACCGGGGAGAUUCACAUCGGCGGGGUCAUGCUCAAACUCGUGGAAGAGCUCGAUGUGAAAAAGGACUGGUCGGACCACGCUCUGUGGUGGGAGAAGAAGAAGACGUGGCUGCUGAAGACCCACUGGACGCUGGACAAGUACGGCAUCCAGGCAGACGCGCGGCUCCUCUUCACACCGCAACACAAGCUGCUGCGCCUGCAGCUCCCCAACCAGAGGCACAUGCGCGUCAAGGUCAACUUCUCCGACCGAGUCUUCAAGGCUGUCUCCGACAUCUGCAAGACCUUCAAUAUCCGCCAUCCAGAGGAGCUGUCCCUGCUCCGCAAGCCGCGUGACCCCAAGAAGAAGAAGAAGAAGCUGGAGGACACUGAGGAGGAUCUGGUGCUGGAGGGGCCCCUGCUCACCCCCGGAUCAGGAAGCAUCUACUCAAGCCCGGGCCUGUACAGCAAGACCAUGACGCCCACGUACGACUCGCGUGACGGCAGCCCCCUCUCUCCCACCACGGCCUGGUUCGGGGACAGCCCCCUGUCCGAGGGCAACCCCUCCAUCCUGGCCGUCAGCCAGCCCAUCUCCUCACCAGACAUCCUGGGCAAGCUCUACAAGCCCCAGUCCCUCCUGGACAAGGCCAAGAUCAACCAGGGGUGGUUGGACUCCUCGAGGUCUCUGAUGGAGCAGGAUGUGAAGGAUAAUGAUGUUCUGCUCCUGCGGUUCAAGUACCACAGCUUCUUUGACCUAAACCCCAAGUACGAUGCCAUCCGUGUGAACCAGCUGUAUGAGCAGGCCAAGUGGGCCAUCCUGCUGGAGGAGAUCGAGUGCACAGAGGAGGAGAUGAUGAUGUUCGCCGCCCUACAGUACCACAUCAACAAGUUGUCCAUAAUGUCGUCUGAUAACCACAUGAACAACAGUGAGAAGGAGGUGGAUGAAGUGGACGCCGCCCUCUCAGACCUGGAAAUCACCCUCGAGGGGGGCAAGACAUCCAACACGCUGGGAGACAUCACCUCCAUCCCAGAGUUGGCCGACUACGUGAAGAUCUCCUGCUACAAGAGCAGAGAGGAGGCUCAUGGAACGCCAGCACACCAGAUGAACUUAAGAGGUUGUGAGGUGACCCCGGAUGUCAACAUCUCGGGUCAGAAAUUCAACAUCAAGCUGCUGAUCCCUGUGGCUGACGGCAUGAACGAGAUAUGGCUGCGCUGCGACACGGAGAAGCAGUAUGCCCACUGGAUGGCCGCGUGUCGCCUGGCCUCCAAGGGCAAGACCAUGGCGGACUCCUCCUAUAACCUGGAGGUCCAGAACAUCCUCUCCUUCCUGAAGAUGCAGCACAUGAGUCCGGACCCGCAGUUCAUCGCCGCCGAGUUCUCCAACACGGAUAUCAACCCAGAGUGCCUGGUGUCGCCCCGAUACCUCAAGAAGUACAAGAACAAGCAGCCAGGUUAUGUGAGGGACUUGAUCUCUGCUCGUAUCCUGGAGGCCCACCAGAACGUGGCCCAGAUGAGCCUGAUCGAGGCCAAGAUGCGCUUCAUCCAGGCCUGGCAGUCACUGCCCGAGUUCGGCAUCACACACUUCCUCGCCAGGUUCCAGGGCAGUAAGAAGGAGGAGUUGAUCGGCAUCACCUACAACAGGCUGAUCCGUAUGGAUGGCAGCACGGGAGACGCCAUUAAGACCUGGAGGUUUAGCAACAUGAAGCAGUGGAACGUCAACUGGGAGAUCAAGAUGGUAACGGUGGAGUUUGCGGAUGAGCCCAGCCUGGCCUUCAUCUGUACAGAGGUGGACUGUAAGGUGGUGCACGAGUUCAUCGGGGGAUACAUCUUCCUCUCCACACGCGCCAAGGACCAGAACGAGUCCCUGGACGAGGAAAUGUUCUUCAAGCUCACCAGCGGCUGGAUCUGAGCUCAUCUGAGCAUGCUCCAACAACAUGGCCGACAGUGGGGGCUGGGGCAUGAUGGGAUUUGGAGUUUUUUUGAGUUUGGAGGGUUUUGGAUGAACAGGGGAGGGUGGGGGUUAUUAUUGCUUUCAUGUUGUCGUUUUCUGUUCAUGUUUUGAUUGGUUGUUUCUUUAUAUUAUUUUUGUUUUGUUUGCCAUGCCUGGUGUACAUG